AGAUAAGGUAGGAGGUAGGCUACCUAGGAGGUAUUUUGUGGGGUCGGCGCUCGGACCACGGCAAGUACCGAAGUUUUCGACGUCAGCCAAAACAUGGAAUUUCCUAUCGUCCUUCUUACAAUAUCGCAAGCUAUGCAUUCGCCUGCUCGCAAAGAGCGCCAAUUUUCCGGAUGCAUACUCGGUCGCUACGUGCCUUUCGCUCGGCGGCACUUAGCUUACAGAAGCCACCAUUAGCCACUUAUCCCACUCGACUUUUUCACUCUUCAGCCCCUGUUAAUGCUGCCGGCAAUGGCAAUGGCAAUGGCAACACCGGGCCCCGCGAUGACGGAAAUAAGCCCGAGAAGGAAAGCGGAGCUGGAGACAAUGACAAUGGGGAUGAAAACCUGUUUGGAGAGAAUUUAUCUGCCGCUGAAGGGAAGACUCAAGGCCGAAAGAAGCCUAGCAAUAGCUCCUUGAAGUCUCGUAUCCUUCGUAAUCGUAAACCCGAGGAGCUACCCCCUGUUCAUGUGCCAAAGUCCUUUCUCUCCAAGGCCAUCAGUCGCCCUUCGGAUACGGAGACGCACUUCUCACCUAGCAGAAUUAGCGAGAGGGAUGCGCACAUCAUGCUAGAGGAGGCCUUAUUCCAUCCGCAAAAUGAAAGUGUGGUAGAUGAGCAUCUUGCCUAUCUAGUCGAAGCUACGGCGUGGUCCGAUGAGACGAUAGCUGAAGCUCGACAAAUUCUAGGGUCAAAUCUAGAUGCGGAUUUUAUACAAAGGAAGGGAAAUAUCUUGGUUGCUGCCGCCUUCUGGGCCGCUGUAAUAUCCACCCGGGACGCUCACGGGGAAAAAGCAGCCGAACAACUGCACGAGAAGGCACCGGUUUCGAAUUCGGGCGAUCUACUUACUGCCCUCACAUACGGGAUACUAUCGUCUUCGGGUAAAGGAUUGCCGCAGCUAAGUAAUGCUAAGCAAAUAAUUGCCAACGCGUUAAACGACUCCCCUCUAGAAGCAUCGACGGUUAGCUGGUUUGAGCAGGACCUGAUUGAGGAUAUUGUAGCCUCUAUUAACGCCGAUUUGCGAAUCCAAGUUCCUCACAAUGUUAAGGUCGCAGAUCUACGACGGCCUAUCACUAUCCUCAACACGCCAGAAAGUUCAGGCUAUUUUAUACCCCAUGACGUCCUGUGUCAUGUUGCUACCAAGCUAGAAGCUGAUGUCCUACAUUUGAAAGCCUCGGACAUCGCGUACAUCGUCGGUAGAUACCUUGGGCAAGACGCAGCGAGAACACCUGGCGCUAUAUCACAGCUUGGAUACAAAGCUGCUGAAAAUAACGGAAGAUUAAAAUUAAUCAGCCAACCCGAAGAUCCAACCCGUAGAAAAGAUCCCAAGAAUUAUUUGCUACUGAUGGAUGAAUACCUGAAUACGAAUACGACGAACCGAGGAAAAGAUGAUGAUCUCUGGAGGGACCUCAAAAUAAACACGGUUUUAGACGAGAUUCUUCACUGCGCUGAUUCCGAGUCUCCCGAACAGCGGCCGCUUAUCGUUCACAUCAACGACUUCAAUGCAAUCAAUAUGGAUACAGCAUGCGGCACCAUGAUUAUAAGCAAACUUCGAAAAGCUAUCGAUGGACUAUGGGCGGAUGGUCGAAAGAUUGUGCUAGUUGGGUCUUGUUCGACUAAGGAGGCACCGAAGGCUUAUCUUAGCGCAUUAAGAGAGCUUGAAUCAUCAGAACGAGUGAUUACUCUCCGCUUAGCCAUGGAAGAGUAUGUAGCCAGAGGGGCGUUGACAAGAGGAAGGAUAUCCGAGAUUAGCAGCGCAAUGGCAAAACGAGUCAUGUUCAAUACCAAGUGUCAAUAUCUGGAAGCAAGGGAUUUCAUAAGGGAAAACGAAGAGAACCUUGUGAGAAUACUAUCAUCGAUGGUGGAGCCUCCCUCCGAAUCCCCGAUGGCGACCACCGGGGAGAUGAAAUUAAGCCAAAUAGACUACAGAAAGCUACCAGACUCGUGGACCAAAGAAGUUUUGCCCCUUAACGAGGUAUAUCGCAUCGCAACCAUGAUGAUUGGUUACUCCAAGGACCCAAGUGAUAUAUUCAAGGCUGAGUCGCCUGAACACGUUAUUGACAUAAUCGAAAGGCGUCAGAGGCUAAAGGACCAAGGCGCCAAGAUGAUGACGGCUGAAGAAAGGAAUCAGAGACUAGAUUCGAGGGAUUCCCUUGACACGCGCAAACUUGUCCCCACCGAAGACGAUCAGGAGGAGAGGAUUGAGUCUGGUCUCAUCAAUGCACAAGACAUUCGCACAACUUUUAAGGAUAUUCAUGCGCCAAAGGAGACGAUUGAGUCGGUUAAAAUGCUUACCACACUUUCUCUGAUCCGUCCUGAAGCCUUUUCCUACGGUGUCCUCGCCACGGAUAGAAUUCCCGGGUGUCUUUUAUACGGACCUCCCGGUACAGGUAAGACACUGUUGGCAAAGGCGGUGGCUAAGGAAAGCGGGGCAAACAUGAUCGAGAUAUCGGGUGCGUCUAUUAACAACAAAUACGUUGGCGAGAGCGAAAAGAAUGUGCGGGCCUUGUUCCGUUUAGCCAAGAAGAAGGAGCCGUUAGUGAUCUUUAUUGACGAGGGGGAUGCUCUACUCGGAACGCGGGGCAGACGUGACCAAGGCUCCCGGCGCGAGACAAUCAACCAAUUCCUACGCGAGUGGGACGGGAUGGAUAAGACUAAGGCGUUCAUCAUGGUAGCGACUAACAGACCGUUCGACCUAGACGAGGCUGUGCUGCGUCGGCUGCCCCGUAAGCUACUAAUCGACCUCCCGCUCGAGGCGGACCGCGCGGCAAUCCUCCGAAUCCACCUCAAGGACGAGGUUCUCGACGAGAAGUCGGUCUCGAUCGAAGACCUCGCCAAGCGCACGCCCCUGUACUCGGGAUCGGACCUGAAGAACGUUUGCGUGGCGGCGGCCAUGGCGGCGGUCAAGGAGGAGCUGGAGCUGGAGCAAAAACAACAACAGCAACAACAGCAAGAGCAGCAAGAGCAGCAAGAGCAAGGACAAGAGCAAAAGCAAGCCGGGAAGAGCAACGAGUAUGAAGGCCGGAAGAGGCGCGUGCUCGCGGCGCGGCACUUCGACAAGGCGCUCCAGGAGAUCGGGGCCAGCGUGUCGGAGGACAUGACGACGCUGACGGCGAUCCGCAAGUUCGACGAGAAGUACGGGGACGGCGGGGCCGCGCAGCGCCGCAGGCGUAAGGGUAUUGGGUUCGGAGUGACCCCGGAGGCGGUGGAUGCACAGGAGGCUAGGGUUAGGAGUGGGAAGUAGGGUUUAGGUAGGGUAGGGUAGGUUAGGUCGGGUUAGGUAGAAAUGGCUGGGAAUUGCUUGAUCACUUGUACGUACCUAGGUUCCCGCAUAGGCCUGGCCGGAUCGGGGCAGGCUAGGUUGGGCUUUCGCCUAUGUAUUAGAUCAUACCUUAUACUGACCUUGCGAGGAAUCGAUGUAUUGGCCGAUAGGCUAUGGUAACUACCUGGUAGUAGUGGGUAUAUUGGAUUGCUCAAAGUCUUUGUGUUUUAUGCCCCCUUUUCCGUCAUUCAGCUUAACCAUCCCUUUUCCAAGGGACUUUCCAUUUCAAUCCCUCUCAUCUUGUGGCCCCUUCGCCAAUUUUUUAAGAGCGGCAAUAGUAUUCGUGGCUUCGAUCACUUUAUUGGUAAUGGGUAAUCUAGACCUUGAAUUUUGUGUGACCCCAGACGCAGCCUCAUCUCCAAGUCUUUUCCUCCACCCUAUUUUGCCAUCUGUCAGAUAAGCUGGGCAACUUGGGGGCCAUAAGCCAACC